GCUGACUCUUAAUGUGAGCCAGCUGGUGUCAGAUUGCUGUGGGUGUCAGGCCUAUGACCCACUCAACCAACUGUGCUGUGACUCUCAGAUCCUAACCAGGACCCAACCCCAUUCCAAGUGUUGUGGAAAAGACCUUUAUGAUGAAGACCACCAGCUUUGCUGUGGAAAUGGCCAAGGAAGGAAGGUCCUGGCCAAAAUGUCCGGUCACCACCGGUGCUGUGGAGACCACCAGUUUGACCAGCGAAGCCACUGCUGCUGCUUUGAUUCUGGACUACUAACCCUAGAGCCUCUCAAUGCAAGCUGCUGUGCAUCAUCAGGGUCGAAAGUUUCUCAGCACAGGGCAAUAGCUCCAAAUCCUCCAAACUGUAUGCCUGGGGAGAAGCCUUAUGGUCUAGGUGCCUGUUUCAACCCAACAACAGAGCGUUGCUGUGUGAACCCUACAUCUCACCAGGGACAAAGUUACUCCCACGACCAGACCUGCUGUGAGGGAACACUAUGCCACACCCCAUGUGUCUACAAAGGUGCUAGCUGUGUCUGUUACAAUCCAGACAUCAACAUCUGCUGUGCCGGGAAGCUGUCCAAUAGGGUGUUUGGGAAAAACCUGUGCUGCGGUACAACUCCGUAUGGUAUAGAGGACCGAGGGGUGCUGUGCUGUAACCAGACCUUGCACCGUGAGGUGGAGGAUGGGUACCAGUGCUCCCCAGGUGGCCACUUGUAUCUGCCAUCCCGUGACAUGGUGUGUGGCUCACGCAUUCAUCUCAACGAUCCAGGCAAACACUGCUGUGAGGAGGAAACAUACUACCCUCAGUAUGAAAUCUGCUGCAACGGACACACACACAACAGGUUGGGAAACAUGUCCUGCUGUGGAGGGAAGGUGUACAACCCCAGCAGCAGCCAGAUGAAGUGCUGUGCAGGGACUCUGUACGACCUGCAGGUUCAGGACAGACUCUCAGAGGAGGCCCAGUGCUGUGGGAAUGUCCUGAUGGAGGCCGGCUCCACCCAGACCUGCUGCUCUGCCCCAGGGCUAGACCUGCUCUACCCUACCCAGCCAGGGUUCACCUGCUGUGGGCACCGCUAUCCCAAUGCCUCCCUGUGGUCUUGCUGCGCCGGGGUCCUGCACCCAAGGCCUGAACCACACAACACCACCAAGAACGUGAUUCCAGGACCCAGGCUUCUACCACUGGGGGAUAUGAAGACUGAAGUCCUGUGUCACAGCAGAGGUCUGCUGGGGACAGUGGAGAGUGUGUCCGUGAAGAUGAACGAGCGGUCCAUCGGGAUGGUGCUCAACCUUUAUCCAGCCUAGAAGAAAGAGAAGGUGAACCAUCUCAACAGAAAAUGAAUUCUGGGUUUUGACACAGGCUAUUGUACAGAAAUCUGUUAUGUUAUCUGACGAUAAGCUUAAAACUAGCAUCUUUAUGAUCUCUAGUGAGCCAUAUCUCAGGAUAAGUCAUAUUUUGUCUGUCUGGGUAGUGGUUUUCUGUAAUAUUAUCACAAAAGACUGACUACAUGUUUUGUUGCAAUCUGUAAUUGGUGCAUCCAUUUUUGGACUUCUAAAUGAAUUAUAUCUACAUAUUGUUUAUUAAAAAAUAUAAUUUGUCUCAUGGGCUUAGUUCAAAUGUCGUACAUCGUCAGAACCCAAAAUAGGCUUGUUUUACUAUGUAAACAAUUUAUUACUGAACAAAAAUA